AUGCAGUAUUAUAACAGUAACGCUCGAUUUGUAAUUCAGUCUUAUUUGAAUUCUGAAAAUACAAUAAUUAGUGGAUUUUGUGAUGCUCUGUGCGCAAUGAGAUAUCUUGAUGGAACUGAAUGGAAACCGAUAAAUUCAAUCAAAGAUCCCAACCAAACGAAUACUGUGUGGCAAUACUAUCGAUAUAAUUUGGAUAAAAAACCGAGUUUAUACAUUUUAUUUCUUGCGGAUCGAACAGCUUACAGUAAUGGUGAAGUAUUCAAAAAUGAUAUGGAAAAUUUGAAUAAAAUCUUGCAUAAAACCAAACUGUUCAAAAAAAGAAACUCUCUAAUAAUUGGCGGAAAUGAAGCAGCUUAUUACUGUCCAUAUGUUACGGUAACAGAUGGAAAGAGUAAUUCAGACAUAGCCUUCUUAAUCAACGAUAGACUGAAUGAAACUGGAAUAACUGAAAGUAAAGAAUCCACCUUAUCUUUAUCAAAAUUUACUGCUCUGAGUACUCCAAAUUAUACAAAUUUUGUGCGAAAUGCGAAAAAAGUGGAGGGAGCUAAUGAAAAAAAAGCAUCAGCAAGUGAAAGCUUCGUUACUGAUGCCUUAUUUGGAUCUAUAUUCUAUCAUACUACAGAAUCGAAUGACUUUGUGGAAGCAACUGAUCCAGAAAUCACGCCUUCUACGGUCCACACAAGCAAAAGCUUUGAGGGUAAGAGCAAAAAAAGUAUUGGUGGAAUUUUGUCAUCGGACAUUAAUUCAAUCAUCAAAAAUUAUGAUGAAUCGAAUACUGAAAUCAGUGAUCAAAUUAUUAGUACUACAAAAAAUCAUAAGGUUGAUGAAGAUAUUCCCGUUAUAACAACUGAAAUGCCUUCUGCUAUUCAAGUAAGUAUCAAAGUUGAAAAUCCGAAAAUUAUUCAUAAAUCAAAGAAUUCAUUUGCUACUCUAAGUUCGAAAGUUAUUGAAGAAUCAAGGAACUCAUCAGAUAUUGGAAGUCUGGAAUCAAGAUCGAGAAGUCUUUUUUAUCCAUUUGCAUCAACAAGCAAAACUUUUACUUUAUUAACUUUGAACUCUGAAGAACAUAACUUUGCUAGAGAGGUUAAUAAUACUACUUCAAGUUUUCAAAUAGAGAAGCAAAUUUUUGACAGUGGAAAGAAGCAAUCAAAAAUAAUGGAAUCUUCUUCACCAUUAACUUCAAAUUAUUAUUCUAAGCUUUCAAAUGAAGUAGCCAGUAAUUCUACAAUAAAUAAUGGUACUGUCGAUGGAAAUAGAGUGAAAAUAAACGCAGAAAUAGCAAAUUCCUCAUCUAAAUUUUUGGGAAAAAAUGUAGUAGUAAAUAUUACUGCUCCUAGUUCAUCUGCAAAUUCUGCAACAGAAUCGAAUGUUCAGUCUGUAUCAAGUUCGAGACAGCGGUCCACUCAAUCAGGAUUUUUCCUACCAGAAAUAUCAGAAUUUGAUAAUUACACCAGUAAUGAUAUCAAGAAGAAAACGCUUGGUAUACCAAACGAUAUAUUAUUUUAUGAUAAUUCUUCUACAGAAACAUCCUCUCUUUCGACAACAACAACAAUUAAUGAUAAAUUGAUAUUUCAAGGAGAUACAGAAGUCAAAUAUUCAGGAAGUGAUCAAAGUAAGAAAUAUUUAUAUAAUUACAAAUUAUCACAAUCAUUAUCACCUUUAUUAUCAUCAUUAUUAAUAUCUGAAGACGAUAUGAACAACAGAAAUACUUCAGAUGUCAAUAAUAGUUCAAUAAUUUCUACAAAACACGAAAGUGAUGAAUCGAGACUACUCUCAACUAUUUCUGCUUCAACAGUAAAACAUAAUUCAAAUUCUCAAGAACUACAGCAUUUUUCGAAAAAUCCAAAUCAAACAAUCUCUGAUAAUAUCCAGAAAAAAGUGCUUGUUGACUAUGAAAUUUUGGACGACAAAUUUUUGGUAUCUUUUGUCGAAUCACUUGCACAUGAAAUUUCUACCGAAAUCAAUAAAGAUAAACCGAAUUUGCUUGCAGAAUCAACAAAUAAUACUAGUAAUUCAGUAUCACAUAAGAGUGAAGCAAAAUUAAAUUCUGGAAAUGAGUUAGAAAAUACGAAUAUUUCUAAAAAACCUUCACUACCAGGACCACAUCCUUUCAAGAACGAAGUCUCAUUAACAACCACCACUACUUCGCGAGCAGCUAUGAAGACUGUUUCUAGUGAAUCAUUAACAAGUAUGAAUGUAGAUGGCUCAUCAAUAUCUGAUACUUCAUUACUACAUUCUUCUGGAAGCGAUAUUUUUGGUGGUUUGAUAGGUAAUUUCAACAAAGAAUCAUCAACAACAACAAAGACUUUUACAAAACUCAAAGCUAAUGUUGAUAAUUCAAUAUCAGAUCUCGAUUUUGAUUUACUAGGAAAUUCUACUUCUAUAUUUUUUUCACCUAAUAAAAUUAUAUUCGACGAUUUUAUCUUAAAUUCGAGUUCAAAAUUAUCAUCUAAUACCAAGUCUCAUGUAACUGCUACAUCUGAUGGAAUUAUGUUUGAUGAUAUACUUUCAAGAAUAAAUACAGAAUCAUCCAAUUUAGGUGAUGUAAUAUCAUCUCCAUCAUCUACUAUGAUUGUUUUUGAUGAUUCCAACUUAAAUUUUGUUUCAGAAUCAUCAACAGUUAGUGAUCCUGCUCUUAGUACAAUGAAUGGAGCUAAACUUGAUGAUUCAGUUUCAGACUUGAAGAUGGUAUCUGCACGAGCAACAACACCCAUGUCUUCUUUAACUAUUACAUCUGAUGAAGUUAUGUCUCACCAUCAAAAAUUCAAAUCUAUUAACAAUGAGAGCUCUGCUUCGGAUCACAAGAUAAAUGAUGAAACCAGUACUGCAUCUGAUUUUUAUACUAUUCCUGAUCAAAAAUUCUUGAUUCAUACUUCGACACCUGCUUAUCUUCUGAAGUUUCAAUCAACUACUGAAAGCUCUAUUACACCUUCAACUGGAUUGAUAGAAAAAUUCAACAAUGUUGCAAAAUCUAAAACAACUGAAACUCCAGAUAUUGCUUUCCCGAUAGUAAAGCCCACUUUCAAUUUUACAUUACCGAAAAUACUAUAUAAUGUAGAAACAGCAUCAUAUGUAAAUCGAACUGAUGAAAAUUAUACUUAUUUAUUAGUUGAUGAAGUGGAUUACGAUGAGAUGCAACAAGCAAAAGCAGUAUCGACUUCAUCUGAUGUAACUUCUGGUUUUCAAAGUUAUUUUAAAUUUGUUGAUUAUUCAGAAGAUAAUUCGUACAAUAAUUUGUAUUCAUUCGAAGUAACUGAUCAGCCUAUUUAUUCUCCUGAUGAGCCAAGUUUAGGUAAAUUAGAUCUUCAAGGAACAAAAAUACUUAAAGGAGAGAAUCAAUCACUUGAUGAAUCCAACACAACAGUUAAUGAGGAAAAUAUUUUCAAUUUAAACGAGCAAGUUGAAGAUUUAAAAAAUUUAUCAAGAAUUAAAGGGCAUUCAGGGUCACAUGUGACUGAUAAAGUAAAUUCUCUAAAAAGAAUAAUGGCAUUACCAAUUACUUCUGAGAAUUUUAUGGUUACAAAUCGAAAUGGAAAUUUUGGACAAAAAUUGGUAGAAGUGAUUUCAGUCGAAUUGGAAAAUAAAUUUUCAGAAAACAAAGAUAAAGAAGUAAAUGCUAAUACAGUAUCACAAGCAGAGAUGCCUGAUUUUACAGUAGAAAUAGGUCAAACUACGCCAACAGAAAUGACAAGUAGAGAUACAGAUGCAGGAGUGACGGAAGCUUACACGAUAACACCGAUAACAAGUACCAAGACAGUAACAGAGGGAGUAAUUCUUAGUACUGAAGCAAAAGUGAUUGAUUAUAGUACAGUAGCAAUGAUGACAAGUCCUACAAUUAGCAGAUUAUUAGACGUUUUUGACCUUAAUUUGGUGCCGGAAGAAAAAGCAGUAGUGGUUUUGACAAAUUUUGGUAAAGAUAUAUCGGAAACAGCACACAAACGUACAGUAACAGAUCCUACAGUAAUCCAGCUUACAACUGAAGAAUUCUAUCAUUCGAAUGCCAAUAGCGAAAGAGAUGAAAUAAGUUUUAAAUGGGAUGAUGCAUCUGAUUCUUCACCUAUUACUUCUACAAUUACUCCUGAGUUUCAAGAAAUAGCUUCUUUAAAAAAAAUGCAUAAAAAAACAAUCUAUCGUGCACCGAAGAAAUUAAGAGUUGAAAAUUGGAGUCAGCAUAAUUCAUCUUUACUAGGAAUGCCAGUUCAUGAACUUUCCAUUCUAACUAAUCAGAAGAAGAUUACUCAAUUAUUAGAUGAAAUUACUGUAGGACAAACAGCCAUUCCAACUUCUCCAUCGUUCGAAGCAUCACUUUCUAAUCAUGGAAUCGAUAAUAAUCAGAAGGAAUUUGUAGAAGAAAUUAAGAAUGUCACUACUGAUCAAAGAUUCUAG